AUGGAGUCUGAGGAAUACGUACCUUUCAAUUACCAGGAGGGUAUCGACAACAAGUCGUGGGCCGGUGCUCUACCCAAGAAGCAGGGUCUGUAUGAUCCUGAGCUUGAGAAGGACGCCUGCGGUGUCGGUUUCAGCUGCCACAUCAAAGGUAAGGUCUCGCACAAAAUUGUUUCUGACGCAAAGCAUCUUUUGUGCAAUAUGACCCACCGUGGUGCUGUCGGCGCCGACGCUCGCGACGGUGAUGGUGCCGGUGUCAUGACUUCCAUCCCCCACAAGUUCAUGGUUAAGGAGUUUGAGCGUGUAAACAACUUCAAGCUUCCUCCUCUUGGCCAGUACGCGGUUGGCAACGUCUUCUUCAAAAACGACGAAGCCAUCCUCAACAAUUCUCGAGCUACUUUUGAGCGCAUCGCAAAGUCCCUUGGCCUUCGCGUUCUUGGAUGGCGUGAAGUUCCCCGAGACUCUUCCAUUCUCGGUCCUGCUGCUCUUUCGCGUGAGCCUUUGAUUUUGCAACCAAUAGUUGUCCUGGAGGCCGCUUAUGGUUCUGGCGAAACCCCCCAAGUUGUCGCCGACUUUGAAAAGGAGUAUGGAAAGCGCUUUGCUCGCCAAUUGUACAUACUUCGCAAGCAGUCUACCCAUUCUAUUGGUCUUCACAACUGGUUCUACAUUUGUUCACUGUCUAACAAGAACAUUGUCUACAAGGGACAGCUUUCUCCUGUUCAGGUCUACAAUUACUACUACGAUCUGGUCAAUGUGGAUUACGAGGUUCACUUCGCGCUUGUCCACUCCCGUUUCUCGACAAAUACUUUCCCAUCCUGGGAUCGUGCUCAACCUCUCCGAUGGGCUGCUCACAAUGGUGAGAUUAACACUCUCCGUGGUAACAAGAACUGGAUGCGUGCUCGUGAGGGUGUUAUGAACUCUGCUGAGUUCGGCGAUAUGCUUGAUAUGCUCUACCCCAUCAUCGAGGAAGGUGGCUCUGAUUCGGCCGCUCUCGAUAACGUCCUUGAGCUGUUGACCAUUAACGGAGUCUUGUCUCUGCCCGAAGCCGUCAUGGUGAUGGUUCCCGAGGCUUGGCAAAACAACAAAAACAUGGAUCCUAAGAAGCGUGCUUUCUACGAGUGGGCCGCUUGUUUGAUGGAACCCUGGGACGGUCCCGCAUUGUUCACAUUCUCCGACGGUCGUUACUGCGGUGCAAAUCUCGACCGUAACGGCUUGCGCCCAUGCCGUUACUACGUCACUAGCGACGACCGUAUGAUUUGCGCUUCAGAGGUUGGUGUCAUGCCAAUUGACCCAGAAACCGUUAUUCAGAAGGGCCGCUUGCGUCCUGGUCGUAUGUUGCUGGUCGACACCGUCGAGGGCCGCAUUGUUGACGAUCGUGAGCUCAAGCAGCAGGUCUCUAGCCGUGCAGACUUCAAAUCAUGGCUCAGUGCUAACUUGUUGACCCUUCCUGACCUGAUGGAGCGUAUCGAGUCCAAGCAUAACAUCAUCGAACUUGCCCCUCAUCUUGAUGAAUCCACCGUUCAGACCGACCCUCGUUUGAAGGCUUAUGGCUACACUUUCGAGCAGGUCACUACAGUCUUGGCUCCUAUGGCUAACGAUGCUAAGGAGGCGCUUGGAUCUAUGGGUAACGAUGCCGGUUUGGCUUGUCUGACUGUUCAGCCCAAGGUUAUUUAUGAAUAUUUCCGCCAGCUGUUUGCCCAGGUCACCAACCCUCCCAUUGAUCCUAUUCGUGAGUCCAUUGUCAUGUCUCUCGAAUGCUACAUUGGUCCUCAGGGAAAUAUGCUUGAGAUGAACCCUAAGCAGUGCAAUCGCCUCAAGUUGACUAGCCCUAUCCUCUCGAUUGAGGAGUUUAACGCUCUCAAGCAGUUGCCACAGUUUUAUCCCACUUGGACCAUCGAAUACGUUGAUAUCACUUUCUCCAGGGCUGAGGGCCCUGCUGGGUAUACUCGAGCUCUUGACCGUAUCUGUGCCGAGGCUUCUAAGGCUAUUGCCAACCACAAUAAGGUUGUUGUUCUUUCUGACCGUGCUGCUGGUCCAGACAGAAUUGCCGUGUCUUCUUUGGUCGCAACCGCUGCAGUCCACCAUUACCUUGUCAAGCAGAAAGAGCGCUCUCACGUCGCACUCGUCACUGAAACCGCUGAGGCGCGUGAGGUUCAUCACAUGUGUGUGCUUGUCGGUUAUGGUGCCGACGCUAUUUGCCCCUAUCUUGCCAUGGAGACUUUGCUUAAACUCAAUCGCGAGGGUCUUUUGGCCAACAAGUUGACUUCCCAGCAGGUCAUUGACAACUUCAAAACAUCCAUUGACAAUGGUAUUUUGAAGGUCAUGUCCAAGAUGGGUAUUUCCACUUUGGCUUCUUACAAGGGUGCUCAGAUCUUUGAAAUCCUCGGUAUCGAUAACUCUGUUGUCGACCGAUGCUUCACUGGAACUGCUUCUCGUAUUCGCGGUGUCGGCUUUGAGUACAUUGCUCUCGACGCUAUGGCUUUGCACGAGCGUGCUUGGCCCUCGCGGGCUACCAUCAAGCCAACCACUCUUGAUGAGAGUGGUGAGUACCACUGGCGUGAUGGUGGAGAGCCUCAUAUCAACGAGCCGCAAGCUAUUGCCCAGCUUCAAGAUGCUGUUCGUAAUAAGAACGAGAAGGCUUACGACGCUUAUGCCAAGAAAGAGCAUGAAGCAGUCAAGAACUGUACUCUUCGUGGUCUAUUGGACUUUGACUAUGAUUCUUCCACUGCCAUCCCUAUUGAUCAGGUUGAGCCUUGGACUGAGAUUGUCCGCCGUUUUGUGACUGGUGCCAUGUCUUAUGGUUCCAUUUCUAUGGAAGCCCACUCUACUCUUGCCGUUGCCAUGAACCGCUUAGGGGGUAAAUCUAACACCGGUGAAGGUGGUGAGGACCCUGAGCGCUCGCUUGUCAAUGACAAUGGUGAUACCAUGCGCUCUGCUAUCAAGCAGGUUGCGUCUGGCCGUUUCGGUGUUACCGCUUAUUACUUGUCCGAUGCUGAUGAGCUUCAGAUCAAGAUGGCACAGGGCGCUAAACCCGGUGAGGGUGGUGAGUUGCCUGGUAACAAGGUCACGAAGUCCAUUGGUAAGACUCGUCGCUCCACCCCUGGUGUUGGUCUUAUCUCACCACCUCCUCAUCACGAUAUUUACUCGAUUGAGGAUCUCAAGCAGCUGAUUUACGAUCUCAAGUGCUCCAAUCCUCGCUCUCGUGUUUCCGUCAAGCUUGUUUCCGAGGUUGGUGUCGGUAUUAUCGCUUCCGGCGUUGCCAAGGCCAAGGCCGACCACAUUUUGAUUUCUGGUCAUGAUGGUGGAACUGGUGCUUCUCGUCUUACUGGUAUUAAAUACGCUGGUUUGCCCUGGGAGCUUGGUCUUGCUGAGACCCAUCAGACCCUGGUUCUGAAUGAUCUUCGUGGUCGUGUCAUUGUUCAGGCUGAUGGCCAGCUCCGUACUGGCCGUGAUAUCGCUGUCGCUUGUUUGCUGGGUGCUGAAGAGUGGGGUUUCGCCACUGCUCCUCUUAUUGCCAUGGGCUGCAUUUACAUGCGCAAGUGCCACAAGUCUUCCUGCCCUGUCGGUAUUGCUACCCAGGAUCCUUAUUUGCGUAAGAAGUUUGCCGGUACCCCUGAGCACGUUAUCAACUUCUUCUACUAUAUUACCCAGGAGCUGCGCCAGAUUAUGGCCCAGCUCGGUUUCCGUAAUAUUGAUGAAAUGGUUGGACAUGCUGAGAAGCUCAAGGUGCGCGACGAUUAUCGCAAUGUGAAGACCAAGAACAUUGAUCUCAGCCCAUUGCUCACCCCCGCUCACACUUUGCGUCCUGGUGUUGCUACCCACAACAUUCGCAAACAGGACCACCGCCUCCAUGUCCGUGUUGAUAACAAGCUCAUCGAUGAGUCUGAAAUCACAUUGGAGAAGGGCCUGCCUGUUCAAAUCGACUGCCAAGUCGUGAACACAGACCGUGCUGUUGGUACAACGCUUUCUUACCGUGUGUCUAAGAAGUUCGGUGAGAACGGGUUGCCGGAAGAUACGAUCCAUGUGAACGUUGUUGGUUCCGCAGGUCAGUCUUUCGGUGCCUUUGUCUGCAAUGGUAUCACCCUUGAACUUGAGGGCGAUGCUAAUGACUACGUUGGUAAGGGUCUUUCUGGUGGCCGGCUGAUUGUGUAUCCUCCUCAGAACUCUGUGUUCAAGAGUGAAGAGAACAUCUUGAUCGGUAACACCUGCUUGUAUGGUGCGACUUCCGGUACCGCUUUCUUCCGUGGUAUUGCUGCCGAGCGUUUUGCUGUUCGCAACUCUGGCGCAACUGCCGUUGUUGAGGGAUGUGGUGACCAUGGUUGUGAAUACAUGACCGGCGGUCGCGUUAUCUGCUUGGGUACUACCGGCCGUAACUUCGCUGCUGGUAUGUCUGGUGGUAUUGCCUACGUUCUCGAUGUUGCUCAGGAGUUUGCUCAGAACUGCAACACUGAGAUGGUCGUAAUGGAGCAGUUGACCGAUCCCAAGGAGAUUGCAUACGUGCGUGGCCUCAUUGAGGACCACCGUCACUACACCGGUUCUCCUUUGGCCGCUCGCGUUUUGACCGAGUUCAACCGUAUCCUGCCCUUGUUUGUAAAGGUUAUGCCCGUUGACUACAAGCGUGUUCUUGAAGAGGAAGAGGCCAAGUUGGCUGCUGCUAAGCGCACCGAGUUUGAUUCAUUCCUUCAUCCAUUCAAGGAGGAUCCAAGUGCUGAUGCCACCAAUGGUGAGAUCAAACGCAUGAAGAAGAAGUCGACCUCGUUCCAGCUUGACCAAGGCCGCCACCUUCCAGACCUGCCCAAGAAGGCUGAGCCUAAGGUUGGUGACGUUGAGGAUGCUAUUCUCGAUGUCAACGCCGAAAAAUCUCGUUCUACUACUGCAUUGAAGUUGGACAAGACUUGGGGCUUUACCAAGUACAAGCGUCGCAAUGAAAAAUAUCGCAACGCUGUCACUCGCACCGACGAUUGGAGUGAGAUGAACAACCGUUUGUCUAAAGAGGAGCUCAAGUACCAGACUGCUCGCUGCAUGGAUUGCGGUGUUCCUUUCUGCCAAUCCGAAACUGGAUGUCCCGUGUCGAAUGUUAUUCCCAAGUGGAACGAGCUUGUUUUCAACGACCGCUGGUAUGAUGCGUUGCAGCGUCUGCUCAUGACCAACAACUUCCCUGAGUUCACCGGCCGUGUCUGCCCUGCUCCUUGUGAAGGUGCAUGCGUUCUCGGUAUUACUGAGGAACCUGUAGGUAUUAAGUCCGUGGAGUGUGCUAUCAUCGACUACGGUUUUGAACAGGGGUGGAUCAAACCUGAGAUCCCUGAGGUUCGCACCGGUAACACUGUCGCUAUUAUUGGGUCUGGCCCUGCAGGUCUGGCUUGUGCUGAGCAGCUCAACCGUGCUGGUCAUAAGGUUACUGUUUACGAGCGUGCUGAUCGCGCUGGGGGUCUGCUCAUGUAUGGUAUUCCCAACAUGAAGCUCGACAAGCGUAUUGUUCAGCGCCGUGUUGAUCUCUUAGCUGCCUCUGGCAUCGAUUUUGUCUUGAACACCGAGGUUGGCGUUGACAUUACCAUGGAAGAACUCAAGAGCAGCCACGAUGCUGUCGUUGUUGCCGUCGGUUCUACCAUUCCCCGUGAUCUCCGCAUUCCUGGCCGUGAGCUGCACAACAUCAAGUACGCCAUGGAGCUUCUCAAGUGGAACACUCAAGCUUUGCUCAAUGAGACUUUGCCCGAAGUAGCUGAGACUAUCCGUGGCAAGAAUGUUGUUGUCAUUGGUGGUGGUGAUACUGGUAACGACUGCUUGGGUACAUCUGUUCGCCAUGGUGCCAAGUCCGUUACUAACUUCGAGCUUUUGCCUAAGCCUCCUGCUCAACGUGCUCGCGACAACCCUUGGCCUCAGUGGCCCAAGAUUUUCCGCGUUGAUUACGGUCACGCCGAAGUUGCUGCCCACUACGGUAAGGAUCCUCGUGAGUACAGCAUCAUGUCUAAAGAGUUUAUUGGCGAUGGAGAGGGCAAUGUCAAAGCCAUCAAGACUGUCCGGGUUGAAUGGAAGCAAUCCGAGUCCGGUGCUUGGCAAAUGUCCGAGGUCCCCAACUCCGAAGAGAUUUUCGAGGCCGACCUUGUUCUGUUGUCCAUGGGUUUCGUUGGUCCUGAGGCCAAUGAUCUUUCUGUUCCUCAUGAUUCGCGUGGAAACAUUGUGGCUCAGGCCACUAACUACCACGUCGAGGACAACGUUUUCGCUGCUGGUGACUGCCGUCGCGGUCAGUCCCUGAUUGUUUGGGGCAUUCAGGAGGGUCGCCAGUGCGCCCGCAAUGUUGAUGAUUUCCUUGUUGGCUCCACCCGCUUGCCCGGCAAUGGUUCCAUUGAGGUUCGCAACGUCAAAGACUUGGUUCACUCCUGCUGA